AUGUCACCUCCAAAACAGACUAUCCUCUUCCUCACAAGCUCCGAGCAUGGACAGUCCAACGUCGCACUUGCAGUGGCCGAAGAGUUUCUGCGCCGUGGCGAGUUCGAAGUCCACAUCGCCUCCUUCAGGGAAUUAUCGGCUCCCGUGCAAGCGAUAAAUGAAAAACCGAAGAACGACCAAGUUAUCCACUUUCAUCCAAUCGCAGGUCCGUCCCUGUCUGAGAUCGUGACCCGUACAACACCGGAUAUAUGUCACCCGCCAGGGCUUGCCGGCACGCUUGAUGCAUGUAACAUUAUCAAUAUCUCCGUUCUGGGAUGGACGCCUGACGAAUAUAUACGGUCAUACCGAAGCUGCCUCGAGAUCUUGAAAGAUGUUCGUCCGGUCGUUGUGGUUGCAGAUCCGCUGUUGCAUCUAGGACUAGAUGCCGCUCGCAGUAUUGACGUGCGAAUCGUGAUACUUUGGCCUGUGCCUUUGAAAGAUGUGGUGGUAACUGUCCAGCCCAGAGCUGGAAUUUUUUGGAAAUACCCCCUCACCGGAUCAGGAUAUCCAUACCCCCUACCAUGGAGACUGAUCCUUGCAAAUAUAUACAUGGUAUUUUGUUUCGGAUGGAUGGUUCGCUUGGGCAAACCCAUGCGCGAUCUUCUGGACAUUCGAAGGAAAGCAGGAAUCCGAACUACGUUUCCCCACGUGGCGCCUUACUGCGAAGACCAUCUGCACCUCUCUCCUGCAUUCCGAGAGAUGGAUUUUCCGUUAUACGUCCCGGAUAAUGUAAUCAGCUGUGGUCCGAUCGUCCGGUCAUUUUCGUCGCUUAUAGAAAGCGAUCCAGCACUGGAUUCAUGGUUGAAAGAGCCAACGAUUCUGAUAUGUCUUGGGUCACAUGUUCAAGCUCCAGAGAAUGAUGCGAUGCAAAUGGCGAUGGCAACCCAGGCUGUUUUACGCGAGUUUCCUAAUAUGCAGGUCUUGUGGAAGCUGAAAUAUGAAUGGGAAAGCUCCCCGACGGUCAGGAAUAUUCUCGGACCUCUUGUCAAUUCUGAUAAGGUAAGGAUUGUCCCAUGGAUUCAGCCAGAGAUUAUAUCUGUUCUGGAAGGCGGUAAUAUAGUUGCAUAUGUCCACCAUGGAGGAGCCAACUCAUUUUUCGAGGCAUGCAAGGCUGGUGUUCCGCAGGUCAUUCUGCCCCAGUGGUUCGACACAUACGAUUGUCCGGCCCGAGUAGAAUGGCUAGGUAUUGGCUUGCACGGAAGCCGCAAUGUGGCACCAAAAAUAAAUGGAUCUGAGCUGUCUUCGGCCCUGCUGCGAGUGCUAAAAGAUAAAGGGAUGCAGAGGCGUGCCAGGGCCAUUGGAGAUUUGUGCAAGACAACCGAAGGACGCGUAGUUGCUCAUGAUCAGAUCGUGCAGUACGCCCAGAAAGGGUUGUGA